GUCAGCUUGUGCCGUGCUGGCUUGUCAUGCACUCAUUGUCGACGGAACAAUACGAAGAAGAUGGCACUGACACCGAGCCAAAAAUCCAUCCAUCCAUAGAAUGACGUCAUGCACGCCAGCCACCACGAGACAUCGUACAGCUGAGACCUCACUGUGCACCCCUCCAUUCAUUCCAUCUCGCUGCCUGGCGUCUUCAUCGGACCAUCCAUUCAUUCAUUCGUCUAUUCCCUCUUGAGUCUCUUAGUGGGUUGUUCAUCCAGGUAGUAGCCCGUGCCCUGUUCGUCCCGCUUGAACGAGUACCCAGCACGCGGGCCCUCAAACUUGGCCGCAGCCACAAACGGCUCCUUCUUUGCUUCCACUCCAUUAGCACCGCCCCCCUGCUGCUGCUGCCGCUUGGUGCCCUGUGGCUCUUGCUUGGCCGACUUCAGUAAUUCGCUCACUUGCGCGUUGACUGCGUUGGGGUCGGUGUCGUUCUUGGGGUCGUCAGAGGAGGGGGGUGCGGCUGCAGCGGGGCCGUUGGGCUGGUUCUCGAUCUCCAUCUGACCGCAGAAGACAGACAAGGGAAGGCCAGUGGACACGAUGGAACAAAUUGUGUGCAUGCGUGUGACGGACCGGUGCUGGCUCUUGCUUUGCCUCGAGGACCAGCUUGCCGUGGAGGGCGUCAUGGAUGACUACAGGACAAAUCAGUGAAUGAAAGAGACAUCAUACAACAGCCACAACACAGCAUAGUGACCGACCAUGAAUGGAUGGGCACUUGUGUGUGUAUGUGCGUGAUUGCUUACUUGCAGUGAUGGACUCCACCUUGAGCGAGUCGGGGUAGAUCUCGUCCACAAACUUGCGAAGCUUCUGCACAGCAAAGGAGAGGAAUCGGUGCACCUAUCAUGUGUGUGCACAUGUGCUGCUGCCGACAGACCUCUGCGAUUGAGAGGCGCCAGUUCUCGACGCGCUUGACGAUGCGGUUCCAGGCCAAACCUGAAUGGGCACCUCACACGGACACAUUUUGGUUAGCCCUUGACGGCCCUCCCUCCCCCCUUGUCUGACCUCUGUUUGGUUCCGACUGGUGACAGCGAUUGAUGACGUCACGCUGCUGCUCCUGAGCAUUUUUCCAUGGACAGUCAGCAAGACAUGCAGAUGGAUGGAUGGAUGGAUGGUCAGAAUGAAGUGUGUAUGCAGCAGCCGAACGUCCUACCUCUGUGCCGUUCUCGAGUUCGAAGGCCAGGAAUGCGCCCCACGCAUUGCCCAGACUGUCAGACAGGCACACAUACACAUACACACAGAUAGAAAUGGACCGAAGGAAGCUGCAUCUCUGGUUGUUGUGUCUGAAGUUGCUCACCCAGGGUUGAGUGUGACGGCUCGGUUGAACCACUUGCGGGCCUUGGCGAUCUUGCCGUCACGCCAAAACAACCUGACGCAGCCAAGCAGCCAACCAAGGCACAGCACAUUGGUGCUGAUGGACGUCUGCAGGCUGCUUGCUUUCCUUCUGUGUCAACUGACCUGGCUACGGCCACGAUGACAUUGGCGUCAUUCUCACACUUGGUCAGGGCGUCGACCGACUUGGCGUUCUGCAUCCAUCAGCCCACAUGCCAACAACCGAGCACAUGCACGCUGAUUAAUAUGAAAGGCUUGCAGCCACGCCUGUGGCCGACCUGUGCGCUUUUGGGUUCAAGUUCGAUGGCCUCCGCCCAGAGUGUGCCUGACGUGGGGCACUCCUGCAGUGCGCGCGACAUCAUGUGGUGCGCCAUCUUGGGGUUGUCGGCCGCACGCUCGAUCUGCACCGCCGCCAACCACAAAUCCUCAGACUUGGGGUUCUUUAGACGCGCCUGAUGGGAUGGGACAGCAAUGGGUUGGGAUGCACACAGGAUGAGGCACUCAUGAUUCGCUGUCCUGUGGAUCUACGUGAGUGCUCUCGUGAAUCGGACCUUUUCGAGCAGUGCUCGAGCCUUGGUCCAGUUGCCCUGACGCUUCUGGCAGUCGAGCGCACAAAGCCACAGGGGCACUGCCUUGGUGCACACCUGCAGACCUGAUGGACGCACAGAUUAUGCAGCAAAGAAGACGACCAAGUCAGUGGCGGACCAAACAGCGAAUUCGCGAUUUCCCCGCUGACCUCUGUUGAAAAAGUCGGCGGCCAUGUCGAGGUUGGGUGGGUCUUCCUCCAUGUACAGCUGCCCACCUGCAUUGGGGGGGAGGGAGGGGGGCAAAGAGGAAGGAGGGAAGAAGGCAGACAGACAGUGACCCACACCCGGGUACCCACGGAUCCAUCGAAUGAAUGGUGGCUGCCUGCUUACCGAUCAUCCAGAGUUUUGCGAAUGUGGGGUGGUGCUGUAGCGCCUCUUCGACGAGCUCGUGUGCUUUGGUGCGCUUCGGGUCGUCGGUGUGCUCGCGCUCCAGCUGCACCGAUUGCAUCCACACCUGACACGACACGGGGAUCCACAUGUGAGUAUCAUGACGGAAAGGAGUGUUGGUCGGUGUGGGAUGCAUGGUACCCGCGUAUUGAAGAUGUGCAUAUAGACAGUGCAUACAUACCUUGGGCGUGUUGCAGUCCCUGCGUGCCUUCUCGAGGAGCGCCCUCGCACGCUCCACCUCGUUGUUCUCGCGCUCAAGCUUCACCGCUGCCUGCAGACACGCACAUCCCCAUUUACCCACGGGGAUGGUUUGCAUGGAUGUAUGUACCAGUGAGAUGGCCUCCGAGUUGCCGCUUUGUGAGUAGGCCUCUGCGAGUAUCUGUCUGGCGGCCGGCACGUCGCCCUGCAGCCACUUCUGCUUGGCAGCCAUCAGCCACAACACCUCCUCCUUCGGACAAAACGACACCGCCUGCACAGAGCAUAGCAGCACACAGCAGAGGAAAUGCACCCACGAUGAUUUUGGUCAGUCAGUGGUGGGUGAUCGGUCACCCGUUGCAGGACAGCGUCGAGUGACUCUGCGGUGCCAUGUUUGGUCUCGAGGUCUGCGAGUGCCAUCCAGAGGCUCUUCUUGGUCUUGAGGAUGUCCAGCGCGUUGUUGUACAAAGCACGGGCCGUCUCAAUCGAACCUGUUCGACAGGAUCCAACAGACGCGAGCAGAGAACACACACGUAAAUACAGCUGAAUGGUGACACGUGGGUAGGUUUGUGUUGGGGUGUCUGCACCUCUGGCGAUGCAGCCCUGUGCGUCCUCCUUCCAGAUGUUCUUCAUGUUGACGUCCUCUACACCCACCUCCAUAGUCGCCUGCAUUCACACAACACACCACACAUCAACGCAAUCAGUGAGUGACGUCACUUCGCCUCUGUCUGUGGGAUGUCUUAUGUGUGACCUUGACGAUUGCCCUGCACGUGUUGACGUGUCCCGACUUCUCGGCCUCCUCGGCGAGUUUGAGCCAUGUCUCGCGCUCCAGCGUCACGUGGAACUUGUUGGCCAAACUCUCCAGCGCACGAUUGAUGAUGACGUCCACCUUAUCCGACACACACAGCACAGAGAAAAAGGCCAGGCCAUGCAGUGCGAAGAGAUGCGAAACCAAGAGCAUUGUGUGUGCUGUGUUUGUCGGCUGGCCCCCUCCCCUCCCGACGUACGUACGUACCUUUGAGACGUUGUUUUGCGUUUCCUCGAGUUUGGCUGCUGAGACCCAGAUGACAGGGCUGGUGGGUACCUUGAGUCUGGCCUGGUUGAGGACUUUCUGGGCCUCCUUGUAGGUGGACAGCCUGGCGAGCGCCAGCCACAUCUCGACGGCCUGCGGGACGCACUCGACCGCCCUGCUCAGCAGAAUGCGCGCGUUGCCCUCGUCCUCCAGCGACACGGCCUCCUUCCACAGACGCACCGAGUUGGGGAUGAACUCCAGCGCCUUCCGCAAUACCGUCGCCUUCAUCUCCUUCUCCGUCUCACGGUUCAUCGCGUCAAGCCAUAGGCGCACCUGCACUCCCAUGGAACAAUCCACGACAGGAUGUCUUGCUGUGGGGUCUGGUGUUGGCUGGUCGGUUGGUCUCUUUCUUACCGAGUGCGGCAUUUGUUUGACUGCUUUGGCGAGUACGGCUUUGGCGUUGGCAGGUUUCUCCAAGCGAGCCGCCUCGAGCCACACGUCCUCACUGUUGGGGCAGUGCUUGCACCCCUGAGCUAUCAACUCACGCGCAGCGAUUAUCUUGCCUGGCACAAACAACCAGCCAACACAGAGACAGAGAAGAGCAGGAGGCAUGUCGCCAUAUCAUGCCGUCCGUAAUGUGGUGGUCAGUGCACUGUGGGUGUCCGACUUACCGGCGAGUUCCUCGAGUCGCGUGGCAGCGAUCCAUCCGGGUGGGUGUUUGGGGUUGGUCGUGAUGACGGACUUGAGCAGCAGACGGGCCUUCUUGAUGUCAGCUAUGUCGGCAUCGCUCUUCAACUGACCAACCAACCAACCAGCCACAUGACACAACACCCAUGUGCUGUGCCUGUGCGUCCCUUCCGCCAGCCGUCUGUGUGGCCUGCCCUGCCCACCUACCUGCAUAGAAUUGAGGUCUGUGAGGUAUCCCUUAGGGUCCAUCACUGUCUGCCCCGACACGCUGUCCAUGACCUUGUCAAGCUUCACCGACAGCACCUUCUCGCGUGCCUCGCCCAGGUCGUUGAGCGAUGACGAUGCGCUGCCCAUCGGCGUCCGCAGACCCAGAGGCGUCGACAGCCCACCCAGGGGAGUCGACAAACCUGAUCGAUCCAACAACACCACAACACGUGGAUAUGGGGGACGAGGCAAUCAACGAAGGCAUCUAUCUGGGCUGAUCUCGGCUAUCUGACCGACCGAGGGGCGUCCUGAGCCCCAUGGGUGUCUGCAGUCCCAUGGGCGUUGAGAGGCCCCCGAUGGGCGUCUGCGAGCCCAUCAUGGGCGUGGCCAGACCGCUUCGCUGCACCGUGCCUGUGCUGCGGCCAGACAGCUGGGCGCCGUGCAACAGGUAGUCGGGCGCCGGCAUCAACCUGCAAACAAUGGGUGGGUGGACCUUGCCGCACCUCAUGUGCGUCUGUUGGGUGGGGGGGGUGUUACACACGUACUGUUGUGGUUUCUUCUGUUUGUUCUUGAUGCUCGUGUCGCCCGAGUCGGGGAUCGCCUCCCACUCCUCUGAGCCAAACACAGACAGACAGACAGACAGACAGGAGGACAGAAGAGCCAACACAACACAGCAAUAUUGUGGUGAGUGAAUGUGUUUAUGGUGUUUCCCUGUAGGUGCAUAUACCUCGGCUGACGUUGCCGAGGUUGCGUUUCAGAUCGGCGAAUUGCGCCUGGAUGGUAGGCCUGACGUGAGAAAGCAGAAGGACCGAAACAUGUCUGGAUGCUCAAGCCAGAUCUGGCUGCUCGCUUCACGUGGUUGCUCACUUCUCCGCACGAAGUUUGGCGAGCUCUUCCUUGAGCUUCUGCUCCCUGAGAGAUGAUGCACACAUAGAGAACGUGCCACGCGGUGCCGUGCAACCCCAGCUUGCUUUUUCGAGUGCCCAUGCAUGAUCGUCCCCGACUGUCUGACCGCUGCCUGACUGACCUUCGAGAUUUCCUCCUGAAAUCCAUGGUGCGAUCGAUGUCCUCGUAGAUCUCAUCCGCCUGCCGAUCCUCGUCGUCAUACCUGCACCCAUCACACAUCACGCCGUCAUCUCACCCCCUCCCUCCCUCCCUCCCUCCCUCCCUUUGUCCCCUGACUGACUCAGCGUCUUUGAAGAGCGACUCAGCAUAUCCGCUGAAUUCGUCGUAGUUUGCGUCACUGUAGUCGGCCUUGUCGUGGUCCACCGUGUCGUCACGCGACACACCGCCCGCAAACCCCGUCGCACCACGACCGCGACCCGGGACAUAACCCGCCGGCGGCGCACCCCACGGCCUGACACACAUUCAUUUAUCGCAGAUACAUUCGACGCACAUCAGUUGACCACAUGUGGUGUCAUUUGGAGAGGGGCGUGUGGUGGGUUGUGUUGGCUUACCCACUGCCGCCUCCGCGGCCGCCUCCAUCUCCCCUGCCCGCACCAGGAACGACUGGCGCUACGCCCAAAUCAGCUCGGGUGGUGAACGAUCUGGCACUGACACACACCAAACACAGCCACAAAAAGGAGAUGGAUGCAUGGGAGGGACACAUACGAAUGACGUGUGCGGGUGGGUGUUGUGUUUGUUAGUUACCCUCUUCCCAGCCCGACGCUGUAUCCUUCGGGAACCGGCGGCACAGCAUUUGGAUCAAACUUCCGAGCACCAGGGAGCAACGACAUGCUGCUGCUCCAAGCGACGACACCGGCGUUCGGUCACGCCCUAAAGAAGCGACAUGACACAGUGAACAAAGAUGGAUGUCAAAUCUACGUCGGCCUGCGUCGAUGGCGUUUCCUCACUGGGAAAACGUGUGAAAGAUCUG